AUGGCGCAUCUGAACGCAUCGGCUCCAAGCCAGGGGAAACCAUCGCGGACAGUAUGUUACCAAAACAUCGAUCGAUUCGCGUCAGCUGGAGGAUCAGAAUUAUCCUCUUCGGGUUUUGGGCAGCCUGACAGCGCCCAGGAUGCCAAGCCGGCAAUCGCAGUCGUGUGUGAAGCCCAAGAAGCUCCGCACGCUCCGCUCAGUGGUGGGAUUAUGGUCCGGGUCAAGUUACGAUUGUCUGUGCGCGCAUCGAAUACCUCCAAACGGACGAGCUGGCGAACGAGCAGCUUUCUCCGCUUUUCAGGCCCCGAAAGGCCCAACGGAUCCACAGGGUCCAAACUCCAAACUCCAAACGGCUGGGGAUGGGAGUGUGGCCAAUGGGUAGCCCAGGGUGCCUCAAAUAGAGCCUUGGAAAUGACCAUCGAAUCUUGA